CUGCAGUGGUGGAGGGAGGCAGCCCACGGCCGGCCGGCAGCGCUGCGCUGCUGGAGAAGCACUCAGCAAUGGCCAAGAGCUCAGCUGUGGCAGCGGCAGAGACACCAGCACCAACCGUGCUAGAAGAGCUUCUGGAGAUCACAGCUCAGAGCCUGGUGCGCACUGAAGUGGCCGAGCACUAUGAGGUUAUUCGGGAGCUGGGUAGGGGCAAGUAUGGCCACGUGAUGCUAGUGACCCACAGGCAGAGAGGAACUCCUAUGGCUCUCAAGCUUCUGCCUAAAGCCAGCACCAAGCUGCACACCUUCCUGUAUGAGUAUUGCGUGGCACUCUCCCUCGCCACUCACCCUGCCAUCAUUGGCAUUUUUGGAUUUGCCUUCGAGUCCAGCCAGUACUAUGGCUUCCUCUAUGAACCAGCACUACACAAAGACCUCAUCUCCAUCAUCAAGCCCCGGGACGGGAUCCCCGAGCCAGCCGCCAAGCAGUGUGCCAAGCAGCUGGUGAGCGCGCUGGAGUUCAUCCACAGCCGGGGGCUGGUCUACCGCGAUGUCAAACCCGAGAACGUGCUGCUUUUUGACCCGGAGUGCCGGCGCAUCAAGCUCACCGACUUCGGGCUGACGCGGCCCAAGGGCACCAAGCUCAAGCUGGUGGCCGGGGUGAUCCCCUACACUGCCCCCGAGCUGAGCAACACCACCAGCACCCAGGGAGUGCCCAUCGACACCAGCUUGGACGCCUGGGCCUUCGGCGUGCUGCUCUUCUGCCUGCUGACCGGCUACUUCCCCUGGGAGCAGAGCCUGCCGGACGACCCUUUCUUUGAGGACUUCAUGCUGUGGCAGGAGAAAGGCCUGGAGGAGGACCUGCCCCGCCACUGGAAGCGCCUGACGGCCGAGGCCGCCCUGAUGCUGCGGAGCCUGCUGGCCCUGGACCCCGCCAAGCGUGGCCCUGUUGGUGGGGCGCUGCGCUACGUCGACUGCCCUUGGCGGCUGGAGGAUGGGCGCAGUGAGGCAGCUGUGGUGAAGCCCUAG